GUGUAAAUCAAACAGAGUAUAAGAUUUCAUCGAUACUAUACAGCUCUUGGCCAACAAAAUCAAGCAUAUCGACUUAUGACAAGUUAUUAAGCAUUCAAUAUUUGAUAUAUGAAUUCUAAAUCAAUAGAAAGAAUAGAAGAAGAAAAGUAAUAGAAAAGAUAAAACUCAAUAGAAGAAAGGUCAUAUUGUACACAUCAAAGGAUAAUGUAUAUCACACCCAAUCAAUACUCGGCUACUUUCAAAGAGAUAAGGCGAAGUUCAACAUCACAUUCAACAUGUAAACUAAUCCUUUUUGUAUCUUGUUUAAAUAUAGAUGCAUUAUGUGCUGCUAAGAUAUUGAGUGUGUUAUUAAGAAAAGAAUUGAUUCAAUACCAAAUGAUACCUGUUGUUGGUUACUCUGAUCUUAAGAGACAUUAUGAAAGGAUAGAUGCGGAUGUAACAAAUGUUAUAUUAAUAGGAUGUGGAGCCAUGUUGGAUCUAGAAACAUUUUUUGAAUUGAAUGUUGAUGAAUUAUUACAUCAAGAUCAUUCUACUGAAAAUAGCGAUGACUUGGAUGUUAAUGAUGAUUUAAAACGAGAUCCUUCAAAGAACUCAAAAAUCAAACUGAAAAGAAAAAUUUAUAUAAUAGAUGGUCAUCGUCCUUGGAAUUUGGAUAACUUAUUCGGUUCAAACAUUGUAGUUUGUUUUGAUGAUGGAUUUGUGGAUGCCAAUUUAACUCAUGAAAAAUCAUCCUAUACAACAUUAGUUGAAAAGUUUGCUGAUAUGGAUGAUGAUGAAGAUUCUUCUUCCUCGGAAGAAGAAGAUGACGAUGACGAAGAAGAUGGAGAUGAGUUUGAAAGUGAGAAAAUAAAGGAAAGUGAAUUCGAUGAUACAGAUGAUGAUGAGGAAAUAAUAUUCAAUUCUCAAGAUUCGGAAGAUACUACUAGUCGAAAACGUAAAAGGCAAGAACAUAGAGUAAAGAAAUUGCGGAAACAGACAAAGAAUGAGAAAUCCCAACAUGAAAAUGUAGUUCAAAACUAUUACAAUCAAGGUACAACCAUAAUCACUGCCAAUUCUAUUACUAUUUAUGCAUUAUUAUCAGCCAUUGGAGAAACCAAUAUUGAAUAUUUAUGGUUAUCUAUAAUUGGUACAUCUUCAUUGGACAAUGAUUAUCCAAAUAUUUAUGACAAGCUUCAACCAUUAUUAAAAGAUGAAGUUUUAAGAUUGAAACCUUCAAAUAACUCAGUAAGUAAUAACAAUGGAGAGAAAACAGCUGAUUCAACAACCUUAAAUAUUGAGUUAGAUUAUCAUUUAUUCUUACUAAGACAUUGGACGUUAUAUGAUUCAUUCUUUUAUUCUCCGCAAGUGAACGCUAAGUUAAAUCUCUGGACUGAAGAAGGGAAGAAAAAACUACAUAAAAUGUUCGCUACUAUGGGAGUGUCAUUAGCUAUGGCUCAACAAAAGUGGCUUUAUAUGGAUGUAAGAGUUAAGAAACAAUUACCAUUUAUAUUCAAUCGAUACUUACCCAAGUAUGGAUUAGAAAGUAUAGUAAGAGAAGGAUUCAUUAGAACCUUUGGAUAUUCUGGUCAAUUAUCCGCCAUGGAAUGUGUUGAGUCAUUAACAGCAUUAUUUGAAGUUCAUAAAAGAUUGUUAGGGGAAAAAAUGGGUAAUAAUAUAGAUAAUAACUCUGAUGACGAAGGUGAUGAUGAAGAUGAUAAUAAUGAAGGUAAUAGAAUUCAAGCUAAAAUCGAAAGAAGAGAAAAAUCAUGGGUCAAUAAUUUUUGGUUAUCAUGGGAUGCAUUGAGUACAGAAACUUCCACUAUAAAUACUAAUAAAACAAUAAGUUCAAAUUUCAAAAAAUCAAAAGGAUUUGAUCUAUUACUUCAAGGAUUGGAUCAUGCUAAAAUUAUUCAACAAGUCGUUUUCAAAACUGGUACUUCGGUUCUUGAUAGAAAAUUAGUCACCAAUUUAAGAUUAUAUCGUUUAUGUGUUCUUGAUGAUGGAUCUAUUCCUGAUUUAGAUAUCUUUAAUAACCCAUUGAUGUUGAAUAAAUUAGGGUCUUGGUUAAUGGAAAACAUCACUGAGUUAUAUAUCAUGGAUUCUAAAUCAUCCUUAAAGCCAUUGGUUGUUGCUAGUUUAGAUGUUUCGAGUGAUACUUAUUUGGUGAUAGGUUUAGCACCAAAAUAUCCAAGAGGAAUGGAUAAUUCUACUAGAUUAAGACUUGCAGCCAAUGGUAAUGGAAAUCUUGAUGCUACAGUAACUACUCGUUUGAACACAUUCAGUGUUGCCUUUCAACAAUUAGCCAAUACUUCGGGUGCAAAAAUCAGAAUUGAUAGUUUUGAUAGUUCAGUUAUAGAGAUUAGAAAGGAUGAUUUACCUCCCUUUUUAGAAAAAUUAACCUUGAGUGGAUUAAUUUGAUUUUAUGCGUACACCAAUUUUGUAAUACUACGUAAACCAUAUUAAAUAGUUAGUUAUAGCUAUAACUAAAUAAAUAUAUAUAUA